AUGGCACGCCAAGUAAAAGAAUCUGCCUACAUAUUUGUCGGUGGCAUUCCCUUUGACCUCACCGAAAGCGAUAUCCUCGCAGUUUUUUGCCCAAGAGCUGCCAACACGGGUUGGGGUCAUCAGGAUAAGAAUUCAAGAUGGGGGCAUGAUAAGUUUGAGGGUUCAAAAAGGAAGGAGAGAAGAUUUAAUGAUCAAGAAGGCUUUGGAUUGGGGAAUAGGAAUCCAAGUUCUAGGGAAAAGGGCAAUAACAGGGUGAUGGAAAGCCAUUCCAGGGAAUGUAAAGGGAGGGAUGACAAGAGAAUGCGAAGACACGAUGAUGAUGAAAUUAAGCUCAAGUCAAGGGAUGACCAUGAUAAGAAGCAAGAAAACAGAUUCAGAAAACAAUAUGAAGAUGAUGAAUUUGAGCCUAAGGCUAGAGAUAAUCGUGACAGGAGGGAAGAAAAAAGACCAAAACAGUAUGAUGGUAGUGCACCAAAGUCAAAGGUUGAUCUGGCUAGGAGAGAAGAGAAAAGAUCAAGGGAGAAUGAUGGCUAUGAUUCUAGGAGGGAAGAAAGGAAAUUUAGAAGGUACGAUGAUGGUGAAAAUGAGCCAAGAUCAAGAGAAGAUUAUCAUAUGAGGGAAGAAAAGAAAUCAAGAAGGCAUGAUGAUGAUGAAGUUGAACCAAGGUCUAGAGGAGAACAUGACGGCAAGGAAGAAACGCGAUCAAGAAGGCAUGAAUCAAGGUUCUCAUUGAGAGGAGACCAGGACCAAGUAUCCAAUGACAAAUGGUCUAACCCUGAAAAGGAUUUAUCCUCCCACUAUCGUGGUGAGAGAGAUGGUUACCAACGAAGGCGAGAUAGAUAACAACAUUAUGCAUCAUAAUGGAACUUUGAGCUCACCUGUUUCCUUAGGUUUCACGAAACAUGCAAUGGUUACUUUUUUCGGUUUAGUUGAUGUCCUUGAAUAAUCAGAACCUAGAGAUAUGGUCUAGUAUGAUUUUGAAUCUGUCACUUAUAAAUGGGGGAGAUGCAAUGUAUUUCAGGAUACUUGUGUUCGUGUAUACGACGAUAUCAAUAGUUUAAGGGUAUGUUUGCAUGGAGGUCGAUCGAAGGGAAUGAAGGGGAGGAAAUGAAAAGUAUUUUCGAUUCUCA